AUGGACGAGUCCGGUCUGCCGUUCGUGUUUUGGGUUGGAACUUGCCCGGCAGUUGUGAUAUCAAAUCCAGAAGACGCCAAACUGGUGGCCAACACUUGUAUAGAGAAGCCGCACUACUACAGAUUCAGUCGAGAAUGGGUCGGAGAUGGCCUUAUCACUGCACCAGGUCAUAUUUGGAAGAAGAGCAUCAAGAUGAUAGCCGGGACCUUCUCGAGUCCGGUGGUGACCAACUACCAGGCCAUCUUCAACCGCCAGGCCAAGAAGUUGGUGGAGACUCUGAGAUCGAAGGUCGGCAGGCCCUUUGAUGCCAAGCAGACUAUAGCGCUUACUACAAUAGAUGCUAUCUGUGAGACAGCGCUAGGAGUACCAGAUAUUACUCAAGGUGUUAUAAAAAAGGAGUACUACGACACUUAUGUGAAGACUUUGCAGAAAAUCGUCGAUCGUGGACUGAACAUAUUCCAUCAUCCCCAAUUCAUUUAUAAGAAUACAAAAGCGUACAGGGAAUAUAUGGAACACGUGAAACUGCUGAGGGACGUGUCAGGAGAGGUAAUUCGGAAGUUAAAACAAAAUAAAAAAGAUACGGAAAGUACAGAGCAGAAUAACGGGGUGCCAUCAGGAGUUCGGUCAUCUUUGGACAUCUUAGUUAGUCUGAGCAGAGACAACAUUGACAUUACAGAAGAAUACAUCCAGGAUGAAGUGAACACAUUAAUUUUGGCUGGACAGGAGACGGUGGCCACCGCCUUGCAUUUCAUCUUUAUCAUGAUUGGCAGCAAGAAAGAUAUCCAGGAGAAGCUGUUUAAUGAGAUGAAAGACAUAUUCUGUGAUACGCGACGUGAUGUGAGCAAGGAUGACUUGGAGAGGAUGGUGUACUGCGAAGGAGUCAUAUGCGAGACCCUCAGGCUGUACCCUCCCGUACCCAUAGUGCUGAGAAAAGUGGACACAGACAUACAGUUGAAGGAUUGCCUGAUAAAGGAAGGCACGUUUUGUGUUUUCCAUGCAUGGGCUUCUGGUCGCUCGAGCCAGAUUUGGGGUCAAGACGUUUUGGAGUUUCGUCCAGAACGCUGGAGUGGACCCACACCCCCCAUAUUGGCUUUUAGCAUUGGCAAAAGAUCAUGCAUAGGAAAGCGUUACGCAAUUCAAAUUUUGAAAACCAUGUUGGCGUACUGUAUACAAGACCUAGUGUUCAAAUCGAACCCGAGAGACCUGAAAGUCAAAACAGAUAUCAGCUUGCGAACGUACGGUGGAGAUUUGAUAGAAGUUGGACUAAGAUAUAAUAAAUAA